AUGCGUACUGCGUUCACCAGUGACAUCGUCAAUUGGCACAAGGUUGUAGUGGACCUCUUGGAGAAGCGGUCACUGAACCGCUUGGGCCGAGAUCCAUCGGCCAUGAUCUACAUUGCAGGGUGGGCUUUCACGUACGCAACGUCGCAGAAGCUCGAGGCGCACCGGCUCGUGCGCCGGCUGUACGACGAACCGGAAAACCUGCUGCACCACCUCAGGCGCUUCUUUUGGUCGUCUGUGCUGGGCAUCUCGCACGGCAUAGAGGUAGACGACGAUCCGGUCGACUACCUCAAGAUGGUCGCGGAAGCUAUGGAGAUCUGGUCGAUGGCGUUCGGGUGA